CCGCGCCCGAACGCGCAAAUCAGUUUCUGCGGGCGGCUUGAUAAGAAUGGCGGAUUUUUCCUCAUUGAAGGCUAUUCUUACAGGAAGUGUCAUCCUUAAAUCAGAAGAUAAAAAAGCUUUUCAAAAGGAGAUCGAUGGAACGUGGAAUGCAGUUAUUCGAACGCGUCUGCCUUGUGCUUUUGUGAGAGUGGCCUCCGUGGAAGAUGUGGCCAACACUGUUAAGUUUUGUGUGCACAACAAGGUACGUUAAGCAGCGGUUCACUGGUAACGCAUUAACUUGAACUCCAGCUGUGCUGUUAUUAUAACUGUAGAAAAAGGGCAACUGGAUUUAAUGGGCCAAUUAUAUAUAUCAUUAUGACAUUAUUGUUUUCGUAAUCUACCUAAAGUUAGGUUGCUGACUAUUUAUUGAAAGUACGUAGCACUUCACUGCAUGGAGGUGGCACAGGUUCUGCCGAAACAUGCCUCGUGUUUCCUAAUAACUACGUGACUAGCCUGUUUCUAUAAAGCUGAUGAAGACGUGCAGCUGCUAAAUGAAUUAUUGUGACCCUCUUCUGUUCCAUACUAACAAAUGUGCCAUGAUUCAUAUUCAUCAACUCAAAAUAAUAUUAUACAGUAACUGCAUACGCUUAACCUACAUCAGGGUGCUGGCAAAGAGGUUUUCCAUGAUGCCUGAUGGGUGCUAAAUUGUUAGGGUGAUAUGUCCUCGGGCCCAAAUUAGCCAUGCGAGACAUGAUUGGUCAUAGUGGGGUAGUGGGUGAUUUUCCUUUUGGAUAUCCAUGAUUGGUGAAUAUUAUUUGAAAGUACCGUGUGGCACAAAAGUUUUGUGGGUUCUAAUUAUUUAGAUUUUUCCAGCAAUCUGCAAAAAGAAGUUCCCACAAAAGACAAUUACUGCAAUUUUUCCUGUAAAAUUUACACUGUAGAAAACACAGAAUUGAAAUUAACAACGGACAGUCAUGUAAUCAUUUUCAGGUCCUUUUUCUCAUUCCUCAGGCUUGGCUGAUCUACUGUCAAAAUCAUAUGAUCUCUACUCUCAGAUCAGUGAAAUGUUAAUGUAGUUAAUAUUUGAGCAACAUCCGAUUUCAGAAAAUUCUUUUGUACAGUUAAGGUCAGUCAAUUAACUGUUAACAUGCAAUCGUACCUGAGAAGGACACCGAAAACAAUUUGCAGGGGCUUAUUCAUUCAGUGGGUUGAGAUAUUGCCUUGUCAACUUACUGCAAUCACACCUCAUUUACAUGCUGUAUGCUGGCAAAUUUUUUUUUCCUGUGAUACAUGAUGGCUUAAAAAGUCAGCGUGAUGUAUGAUAGUUACUACCCCCCCCCCCCCCCCCCCCCCCCCCCCCCCCCCCUCCUACGCCCCAACAUAACUUAUAUACAUCCAAUACCAAUUUGACACAACACACCAGUCAGGUGGAAAAGAGAACACGGGGUUGGAGAAACAAGAGGUAUGAGAAAAACAAUACAAACAAAGGAUGUUUCAGAUUAUAAAUUUCGGGGGCUUUGUAUUUUCAGGGGGUUGAAAUGUUCCUUUUUAAAUUCCUCCAACCCACCCCCAUUUACAUGGUUUAUUCUGGCAAAAUUUUUUUUCCUGGGGUAAAUGAUGGCCUAAAAAAGUAGCGUGAUGUUAGGUAGUUAAUCCCCCCCCCCCCCCCCCUUUACCAUCCUGCUAUGUGUAGGAUUGCAAAAACCUAGUUUAGAUACCUAGAUACCUUAGAGAGCACACAAGGCUGGUUGGUUUAAAACCAGGACAGGGUUGUUAAAAGCUUGGUUAAGGUACAAUAUAAUCCAUAAUCCAAGGUUAGUCUGAAAUUUGAAUUCAGAUAUAAAAGCUUAAAUAGCAAAUUCAGUUUAAUUCUCUUUGUCUGAAAUUUGUGGAGAGAAUGCUCUAAGUAGAAUAGAGAAAAGUGCCUUGGGACAAAAUGAAAAGAGACCUAGAUUAAAAUUUAACCCCAGAUUAACGCUAAUCAGUCUUCGAACAACUGGACUCAGGAGUUAAGUGAGAUCAUAGCCUGUGAAUGCAGCUGUAUAAUUUUUUGGGUCAUUGCCUAUCUCCUCCUGUAGUUGAGCUUGGAAUUUAGCCUGUUUUCCCCAAAGUUAAAAAAUAUUUACAUUCAUUCUGCAGUGCAAUCUUUUGCAGCAUUUUUGCAUGUAUUACAGUCAUAAAAAGUGCCUUUUGAGGGGCUAUAUUUCAUGUAAGACUUCAUAUUUUGGGACUGUGCCAAUUUGUGUUUAUAGUGGGUGGUUGUCAAUUUUGCGGGUUGUACUGCGAAAAUGGGAGUCUCCAUGUCUGACAUAACGUAGAUCUCCAGAUGUUGCAGUCUUACACAAGUACAAACUCUACUGCUACUUUCUUUUUGAAGUGAUAUAUACUAUUUAUCACCAGCAAACUCUUUUUUGUUAAAAAAAAAACCCUUCCUUUAUAAAGGUGUAUUUGUUUUGGAGAGGUUCAAUUUUAUUCAUGGCCUCAGUUUUAUUUCCCCUUUGUUGUUUGGUCAGCGACUGAUAAUUAAUCAGUUUAAUGAAUGGAAAAAUAAUAUGGUAAAAUUUAAACCAAAGACACAUCUAGAGGGAGGCAUAUCUAGUGGCUAUGGGAGUGAUUGGUAUUAGAGGGAAAAGUGGUACAAGUACCGUUGUUUGCUCGAAAACAGUCUCUUAUUCCAGUCAACUAUUUCUAAAGCUCCCUGUUUCCUCAAGUCCUUUGGUGUGUGAAUGGGCAAAGGCCUCCAAGACCAGGUAUAAGACUGUACUUGAUGCAUGUAACUAGGCGUGUUAUUAAGUAGUAAGAAAUAAUGUUUAAAUGAGUGGCAGUGUUUUAACCUUUUUUUCAGCUUGAGAUGUGUGUUUGUGCUGCAAAGAACAGCGACUUUGCAUUGGCCAAUGGUGCUGUAGUGAUAGAUUUGUCAGAUCUGAAUACUGUUACUGUGGAUGUUCAAAGUAAAGUAUGUGUGCAGUUGGAUUUUUUUAAUUAUUGUUACAUAACUUACAUUGUGUAAUAAAUGCAUUUAAUUAUUUUACUCUCAUAUUUUAAUGGAAAAUGUUUUGCAGGAUUACCUGUAUUGACAUUAUUAAAAUUGCAUGUACCUAUAUGCAGAAUCAUUAGUCUAUCAUGUUGACUGUUAAAUGAUUUAUUUUAGGUAGUUAUUGUUGGAGCAGGUGCCAAGAUGGCUGAUGUUGAUUCAAAAACAGUUCCUCACUCUCUUGUUACACCUCUUGGUAGCUACUCCCAGCUGGGUGUGGCAGGAUUUACUCUGUUGGGUGGGACUGGUCUCCUGACCAGGGCAUUUGGGUGUACUGCAGACAAUGCUGUGGAGUUUGGUAAGUUAAUCUUAAUUUAGAUUCCUCUCUAGAAUAGAAACAUGAUGAUAACAAAAGAUUCCCCCCACUGCACUGACAGACAAAAUAUUUCCAGAAAAUUUAAGUAAGUGUAAAACUGAGGUGUCUUGCUUUGGGUACCAAAAUAAGCUCACAUUGAUGUACAUGUAUUGUUUUUAGGAGUACUUGAGAUUAUGAAAAUUAAUACUCAUAUACACGAUGUCAUGAAAAUAAAGUAGUAGCCGUUGUUCAGGACAAAAGUCAUUUUUCUGAAUUUACAAAUUCUUAGAGUUGGUUACAACAUCAGGAGAAGUUAUAAAGGCAAGUGAGAAAGAAAAUUCAGACCUGUUCUGGGGGAUGAAAGGCUAUGGCUCUAACUUUGGGUAUGUUUCAAUAAUAUACUUGUACAAAAUGAAGUGAAUUGCACAUUUUAUGAUAUCUGCAAGGGCAUCGGAACUUCCACUUAAUGACUUACAAGUACUUCUCUGUAAUAGCCCUGGAAUUUUGUGCUGGUCCCAGGCCCAUAAACUUACUAUUAUUGAUGCACCGAGUAACAGCUUUUUCUGUGCAUUAUUUCUUUGCUACAUAAAACCAGAAAAUUCACUCUGAAUAACUUAUGUGUCAGUAACAUCUCUUUGAUAAAAAUGCAAUAAGUUUUACUUUUGCAUCAGUCUAUGAACAUGAUGGUAGAAAACACUUAAUAUCAGUAGAACAUUUAGCACUAUCACCAGCACCCAGUCCCAGUUGUUCAAAAGGUCGAUAACAUUAUCUACUGGAUAAAUCCCUUUCCACUAGAUAACGCAAUCGGUGUUCCUAAUAUUUAUCUGUAGGAUAGUGAUUUAUCCAGUGGACAGUGCUAUCUAAUGUUUGAACAUCUGGGGCCAGGGGUCCAUUUCUCGAAAGUCCCGGUAACUUUUCGGGCCUGAAAUCAAAUAUUCAAAUCGAAACAAAAAGAAUAAGAGCACAGGUCCUGGCUAGCAAACUACUCCAUUUUGUUUCAUUAACUGAUAGUCUUGUCAUGUUAGAUGCAAAACUAUUGAAACCUCGAUCUUUAAUGUAAAUGGGGACAGCUUACCAGGCCUGUUAAUUAUCAGGACUUUCGAGAAACAGCCCCCACAUUAAUCUCUAUUCCCUGGAUAGCCCAAGUGCUUUACCCAAUACUUUUGUGUUGAUUUAUCCAACUUGAAUGGACCUCUUAGGCUUUGAACUGCUAGGGCCAGGUCUUAGUUGUUCAUAAGGUGUAUAGCGCUAUCCACCAGAUAAAUCUCUAUCCACUGGAUAGUGCAAUAGGUUUUCCUAAUAUUUAUCCACUGUAUAGUGAUUUAUCUGGUGGAUAGUGCUAUCCAGCUUUUGAACCACUGUGGCCAGAUCCAUAAAAAAGUCAUGGGAGAACUUUUUUAAUUGAUCUUUUUACACCCCUAUACAGUAGAGACAUAUGACCCUGACUACUUCUGGGACAUGAAAUUUGGGCUAACAUAAGCACAAUUUUUAUUAACGUGGUCAUAUUAACGAGUUGGAGUGGAGUCAUGGUGUCCAGUUGUUAGCGCCUUGCCAUCUUGAUGUUUUCUUUCAUAAGAAAGGAAAGGUGUAUUUCACUGGGUACUCACGACAUACUGCUGGGAGGUAACCCUGAAAUGGACUAGUAUCCCAUGAAAGGGGGGAGGGGUGGGGAGGUGGCAAUACUCUAAAUGCUUCAUGCUACUGAAAUUGGGGAUUAACUAUGGCCAUCUGGGCUUCAUUGGCUUUUGUGUACCUUUGUUAACAAGCUGGUCUUAAUAACAGGGUAGUACCAGGGAGGGGUCCUUGGAUAACUCCUAACAGUGACCACCAGCCAGCAUGACUGUUGUCUAGUCAUUUCACUCUAAGGAAAUCAUGAACCCCUCAGGACCCAAUAUUAAGUAUUGGACUAAACAUUUGUGCCUGUUGUUUCCCAUUAGAGUAGUGACAUCCAUAACAUUUCAGCUUCAUGAUAUUCCUGACCAUGUCAUUGGAGGGGACCUGUUUUACUCCAUUUCCCAAGCGGUAGGGGCUUUCAAAGAUAUAAGAGACUUCAUUCGUGAAAAGGAAGAUAACAGACUUUCAGUCUACAUGAUGGUGCAUUUUAAGUCUAGUGGGUAAGAACUUAUUCAUGUUAGUUGUUAGCCAUGCACACCCAUUUAUUGUAUCCCCAUGUACACUUCCUCCUUCUUAUUUUCAGACACCCCCUCUACACCUAAUGAUAACAGACACUUCAUUAUCCUGCUGAACCAAUCAAGAUCAAGCUCAACAUCAAGCUCUCUAGAUGAGCCCUUUAGGCUGUUAGAGUAAAUGUGGUAAUAAAUAUUGUUUAUUUAAAAAAACUAAAAGCUAUUAAUUGAUAACAACUGGUGACCAAUUAACCCGUCACCCCUUCCCCUCCCGUGUUAAAAAUCUGAUCUCUGCCCCUAGGAUUAACUAUACUGGAUACAAGUUGAUAGGCAAGGAGAAUAAAAUACUCAGAAUCAAGGAACAGUGCAAGCAGCUGUGAGUAAAUGGGAGGUUUUGCAAGCGUCUUUCCUUGCUUGUCAUUCGUGAUCAAGGCAAAAGCAUUGAGCUUGACCUCCUGCUCUAAAGACAAGUUCUCUUCUGACUGAGCUAGCCCUCACCUCUUCUCUUUCUUUUGCAGACCUCAAGCAAUCUGCCGUUUUCUUUUUAUUGGCCCACGAAAAGAAGGUGGUGAACUGCUAAUGGAGUUGACAGAUCGAACAAAACCCGUUGAUAACAAAGUGAAGCCUGUACUUUUUGAUCAGUUCCAGAAAAGUGCUGAUUGGAUGGUUCCUAGAGGACGAUUUUACUAUACACCAAUGGGAGCGUUUGCUAAAGGUAUGACUGGAGGAGAUAUUUUUGUCUGUUUAUUAAUUAACUGUUUAAUUUUUGGUACCUUUUGAAGAAUUACAAGCUUUAAGUAUGAUGCACUUAAAAAAUGCACUUUACUGAGUGUCAAUGUAUUUAGCAUGAAAGUACUAAUCGGGGACACUAUUUUUACGUUUCCUAAGAUCCUGAGUGUUGGUCCGGUCCCGGGAAUCGAACCCCCGACCUCCCGCUCUGCAGUCAAGCGCUCUACCAACUGAGCUAAUCCUGCUGCGCUAUAGGUUGUAUAACCAACAUAGAAGGUGUUUAAGAAUGUUCUGUUUACACUUCUAAGAAUGUUUUAAGUCUUCAAAAGACAUCCAAUCCUAGUGCUCGCCCCAUUUCCCCUCUUCCCCUCCCUCCUAAAAAAGGCCUCUCUUGCAGCCUGAAAAAUCUCAAGCUCUCAGCUAAGACAAACCCGCCAAAAAAAAAAUUUGCUUAAAAUUCUUGAUUGGUGUUAGAUGGCUUUCCUUGUUAUUCCGUUUCUAAAAUUGACCCUGCAUUGCUAACAAAGUUUCUGACCUUUCUAAACAGAACUGGAUGAUGAGUUAAUUGAUAUGAUCUUCGGCGAAGUCAAUGAAGCGCCCGAUUCACGAACAAUAACAUCUAGCAACAUUUAUAUAUCAAGCCUUGGAGGAAAACUAAAUGAAAUGACAGACGAGGACAACGCGUUCGCUUUUAAAGCAGCCGGGUGAGCAGUCAUAUUUCUUAUCCGUGAGUCAUUUCUAAGAAAUACUAAUCACUCUCUUCUUCGCCAAACCCUUUAUACAUUUUGUAGUUUUCGCGUUCACUUCCGAGAAAUUUGCGGAAUUUAUUAUUUGGAAUACUCAUGGAUAUAUGAUAAGUUGAUCGUCAGAAUUCUUCGAAUCAUCAGGGGAAGCCUUUGGCUCAUGUGUAAUGUCAAGAAACAUAAAUUCAGUUACUAAAGUCACGUGUUCCGUAUUUUCGUUAUUCUUUAGUUCCUUAGUCUACGUCAUAGGCUACCGUGACCUGGUGUGCCAAAAUGGCGGCAAAUUUUAACGUUACAAAAAAGUAGUUCUAAAUUAAUUUUUUAAUUUUUUUUUUUAACUAAAUUUUUCUAAACAGAUACUGGAUUGGUCCUGUAGUCGCCACUCAGGAUCCAAACUCGUUUGACGUCAUAAAGACAUGGGCCGACGGUAUCGAUCAGAAACUGUCCAAAUAUGGAAUCUUCCCACAAGGCCCCGAGGCUGAAAAAGUUCUGCAGAGACUGAAAGAGUUGAAAGUAAAGUACGAUCCUCAAAAUGUCUUCCACCAGAAUGUGAAUAUUGAUCCUAAAAAGAAAUAG